GCCGAGUUCGUUUCGUACAACCUCGUUAAUCUGAUCAUGGCGGACACCUUCACCUUUGGGCGGUUUCAUUUCCAAAAACCCGACUUCAAGCGGUGUGUUCCCCCAUUUCUAUCUUCACACAAGACACUCUUCACGGUUCUCUGGAUCGUUGGGUUUACUUCUGUUUUCAUAUGGCAGCGGAACAUCGUUUAUGGCCUUCCGAUAUUCCAGCGAGACCCAGCUAGGACCAUUACGAAUCUACGGACAUUUGCGUUCAAUUUGACUGAUUUCGGUGGUGUUGGCGAUGGCGUAACAGUGAACACCAAGGCAUUUGAGAGUGCCAUAGCCGCUAUUUCUAAGGUGGGGAAGAAAGGCGGCGGACAGCUUAAUGUUCCCGCUGGGCUUUGGCUUACAGCGCCAUUUAAUCUUACCAGUCACAUGACUCUUUUUCUUGCUGAAGAUGCUGUUAUACUCGGAAUUGAGGAUGAAAAGUACUGGCCACUGAUGCCUCCUUUGCCAUCUUAUGGAUAUGGGAGAGAGCAUCCUGGAUCACGAUAUGGGAGUCUGAUCCAUGGUCAAAAUCUCAAGGAUGUCAUUAUAACAGGGCAUAAUGGAACCAUAGAUGGACAAGGUAAAGCAUGGUGGGUGAAGUACCGUCAGAAACUUCUCAACCAUACCAGGGGCCCACUUGUGCAGAUCAUGUGGUCAAGUGACAUCUGGAUCUCUAAUAUCACUCUGCGUAAUUCUCCUUUCUGGACCCUCCAUCCUUUUGACUGCAAGAAUGUAAUCAUCACAAAUGUUACCAUUUUAGCUCCUGUCUUAGAAGCCCCAAACACAGAUGGAAUAGAUCCUGAUUCAUGUGAGAAUGUGGUGAUAGAGGAUUGUUACAUUAGCGUAGGAGAUGAUGGAAUUGCAAUAAAGAGUGGUUGGGAUCAAUAUGGAAUUUCUUAUGGUCGGCCUUCCACCAACAUUCUCAUCCGAAACCUUACUGUUCGCUCCAUGGUGAGUGCUGGAGUAUCGAUAGGCAGUGAGAUGUCUGGUGGAGUCUCAAAUGUAACAGUGGAGAAUCUUCAUGUGUGGAGCUCAAGACGGGCAGUUAGGAUCAAGACUGCCCCUGGGAGAGGGGGGUAUGUUCGACACAUAACCUACAGGAAUCUGACCUUUGACAAUGUCCGGGUGGGAAUUGUCAUCAAGACCGACUAUAAUCAGCACCCAGAUGGGGGUUAUGAUCCUAAGGCCUUCCCAGUCCUUGAGGAUAUUAGCUUUACCGGGAUCCAUGGCCAGGGAGUUCGUGUCCCAGUUCUAAUCCAAGGCCGUGAAGAGAUACCUGUGAGAAACAUUACAUUCCGGGAAAUGUCAGUGGGGAUAACAAACAAGAAUAAGCAUAUCUUCCAGUGUGCUUUCGUUCAAGGACAGGUGAUCGGAACCAUCUUCCCUGCACCAUGUGAAAACCUUGACCAAUACGAUGAACAAGAACGGAUGGUUAAGCAGUCAACAUCCCAGAACAUUACUGACAUAGAUUAUGAUUUCUGAAGGGGAUUUCUAGAUUAAACUCACAGAGAUUGAUGGUGUCAUCUUUGUGUCUAUCGAUACAGUUUUGGCUGCAGUGGAUUGGAGCAUUUGUGUGGGACUUGGAAGUAUGUUCUUUGUUAUCUUUUGUUGCAGCUUCUUCGUUCUUCUUGCGGGUUUGUAUAUAUGGCAUAAAGUUUCAAUUGUUUAUAUUUAUCCAUUCACGGA